CUUAUUUGCUGCUGCUUCGAAAUUAUAAGAAAUCCACCAUAUGAAAAACAUACUACAAUUUCAAUGAUAUUUUGGUCAUUUUGAAAGAAUAUAAAUGGUACUUUUGAAAAAUAGAACAAUGACUUGUUCCUUUACACUUAUGCAUUAAAAGUUUUGCAUAAAAGUCAACGGUUUCGGUAAAAACAGGGGUGUCCAUUUCGCCCCGGGUGUCCAUUAUGCCCCUAAUACCCCUACUCCAGUUUUUAAAUGGGAAAAUUUGUGCUUAAGUUUGAAAUUUUAUUUAACAUCACAAAUCACACUAACUUCACUACCUUAAUGAUUAUAACCAUUUUCUUCACUGUUUCAUACCUGGUUCUCAUCCGACUGUUACCACAGUUGCAGUUAGGGUGGUCAGGAUUGACCGUUCGCCCCUGGAAAUGUAUGUUGUUCUUUGCGUUCCUUGUAGCGUCUCACAGGGUGGUCUGGCUGCGAACGUUCGCCCCUGUUAUUGUGAUAAUUAUUGUAGGCAUGCCGUCGAUCGCGAGACAGCGCUGGCGUAUUUUUUUGCUUUAGUUGCGGUUACUACAUAUUCUUCAUUGCGUUGGCCUGCGCCGUCGCGAUGAUUACUUGGAUUACUUUGUUUGAUUGUUUUUUUUUGCCUGUAUUUGUACAGGGCAAAGAUGGAAAUCACUAUGACUGUAAUCACUAGUGAUGCAAUAAUUGUCAGAUAGAUCAGCUGGUCACUAACACUAAAUUGUUCCAUCGAGUGUUCUUCGCUUUUAGUAGUUGAGUCUACUUCCUCUAGACGUGGUAUUGUGGAUUUACCGGCUACUUGUAUUCUACCGAGGGAAGUUAAGGAUGCCAUCCAUCAGCUCAAAAACAACAAAGCGGCUGGUAAGGACGGUAUCGCAGCAGAACUCAUCAAGAUGGGCCCGGAAAAGUUGGCCACCUGUCUGCACCAGUUAGUAGUCAAGAUCUGGGAAACCGAAUAGUUACCGGAGGAGUGGAAGGAAGGGAUAAUCUGUCCCAUCCACAAGAAAGGCGACAAGUUAAUGUGUGAGAACUUUCGAGCGAUCACCAUUCUGAAUGCCGCCUACAAAGUGCUAUCCCAGAUCAUCUUCCGUCGUCUUUCACCUAAAGUAAAUGAGUUCGUGGGAAGUUAACAAGCCGGUUUCAUCGACGGCCGGUCGACGACGGACCAGAUCUUCACCGUACGGCAAAUCCUCCAGAAAUGCCGUGAAUACCAGGUCCCAACGCAUCACCUGUUCAUCGACUUCAAAGCGGCAUACGACAGUAUCGACCGCACAGAGCUAUGGAAAAUUAUGGACGAGAACAGCUUUCCCGGGAAGCUGACUAGACUGAUAAGAGCAACGAUGGACGGUGUGCAGAACAGCGUAAGGAUUUCGGGUGAACUAUCCAGUUCAUUUGAAUCUCGACGGGGACUACGACAAGGUGAUGGAUUUUCCUGCCUACUAUUCAACAUCGCCCUGGAAGGUGUUAUGCGACGAGCCGGGCUCAACAGCCGGGGUACGAUCUUCACGAAAUCCAGCCAAUUUGUCUGUUUUGCGGAUGACAUGGAUAUUAUUGCCCGAACAUUUGGAACGGUGGCAGAACAGUACACCCGCCUGAAACGUGAAGCAGCAAAGGUCGGACUGGUGGUGAAUGCGGCAAAGACAAAGUACAUGCUGGUAGGUGGGACUGAGCGAGACAGGACAAGCCUUGGCAGCAAUGUUACGAUAGACGGGGAUACUUUCGAGGUGGUAGAAGAAUUCGUCUACCUCGGUUCCUUGCUAACGGCUGACAAUAACGUGAGCCGUGAAAUACGAAGGCGCAUCAUCAGUGGAAGUCGUGCCUACUAUGGGCUCCAGAAGAAACUGCGGUCAAAAAUGAUUCACCCCCGCACCAAAUGUACCAUGUACAAGACGUUAAUAAGACCGGUGGUUCUCUACGGACACGAGACAUGGACGAUGCUCGAGGAGGACCUGCAAGCACUCGGAGUUUUCGAGCGACGGGUGCUAAGGACGAUCUUCGGCGGCGUGCAGGAGAACGGUGCGUGGCGGAGAAGGAUGAACCACGAGCUCGCUGCACUUUACGGCGAACCCAGCAUCCAGAAAGUGGCCAAAGCCGGAAGGAUACGAUGGGCAGGGCAUGUUGCAAGAAUGCCGGACAACAACCCUGCAAAGUUGGUGUUUGCUAACCAUCCGGUAGGUACAAGAAGGCGUGGAGCGCAGAGAGCACGAUGAGCGGACCAGGUGGAGCGUGAUCUGGCGAGUGUUGGGCGUGACCGACGUUGGAGAGCUGCAGCUGCAAAUCGAGUAUUAUGGCGACAAAUUGUUGAAUCAGUAUUAUCAUGAAUUUGAUGUUCACUAAAUAAAUGAAUGAAUUGUAUUCUACCGGUUACUUGAGUAUCCGUUACAAAUGAGCCGUUUUCAUAUAAAAAUCAACUUGAUUGUCAAAAAAUUAAUGUCGCUGAAUAGCUAGUGGCAACGAGGAAUAGCGCAUACAAUAAAAAUGUUUAAAAACAUUUUGAAGUUAUUCUUUUUAUAAAACGGCUACUUUGGAGGCCAUACUGAAGCGACCGGUAGAAUACAAGUAGCCGGUAAAUCCACAGUACCGUGCUGCUUUCUGUCGUUGAAGUCACUAUUACGGGCCAACAGCCCCUGAUUCCACACGCGAGUUUUAUCAUUUGUUCGUUUACCCGGGCACGCACAUUUAUUUUCACUGCGUAUGUAUGUUGUUAAGUUGGACUUCUGAUUGAGCUGUUUGGCGUAUUUUUGCGGUCCAAAAUUUAUUAUGUGCGCGCAUGUACAAAUAGCCGAUUGCGAUAAAGGUGAGGACGACAAACGUACCCGCGAUCACACGAACUUCUAUUAUGUUGAUUUGCUGGUUCACUAUAGUGUUCCCGAACCACGAUAUUUUCACUUUUAUUCACUAUUCGAAGAUUGCCGGUUUAAAGUCAGGUCGCCAUUUCGUAUACUUGAGUUUCGGAUCUCAAAAAUGGACUUCAUGUCCAACACGCACUGUCUCUAGAAUCAAGAUUGACAUCGUUCUUUAUUUGGCUCUUGCUUAUAUCUAGCUUACAAUUUCUUACCUAGACUAUUGUUGACGGUUGGGUCAGGCACGAGACCCAAACAGGUAAGCAAAACAAAGUAGACAAUAACAACAUAAUGUUUAUGGUUUGUUUAUAGCGGGAAAGUUUAAGGCUAAGGCUAGUUGCUAUUUACUAUUAUGAUGUUCUUGGAUAAACGGUUUUUCGGUUGAACAAAAGAAAUGAUAAUUAACCGUUAACAAUGUUGUAGCUUUAUGAACUAUGGUUUUUCCUGACAAGGGAUAGUUUUAUUAUUUAUAAUUAUCCUGUAUUCAAUAGUAUGCUACAAGUCGCAGGUACGGUCGUUUGAGGUUAGUAGAGGAAAAAAUCUCAAUAAUAGCAUAUCUUGAUAUGGAGAUCAAAAAGUAAUAUGGGUUUGAUUGACAUAAGAGAUAAAAGAUCUAAAAAUAAAAUCAAAAAUUUACUCCUGGAACAUCAUUAUAAUAUCAUGUUUAGAUUUUGUAAGAUCUAACCAAUAGCAGCGAGCUAUUCUUUUGAUCUUAAAAUAUCAAAUUUUGAUAUUGUUCAGAUGUUCCAGGAACGUUUUUCAGAUAUUAUUUUCAGAUCUUUUAUCUCUUAUAUCAAUCAAACCAAUAUCACGGUUUGAUCGUCAGUAUUUCACCUCUACCCGGGUACAUAGUUGUGGGUGUACAAGAGGAGCGAGCUAGUACUCUACGGAAACAUCAAUUGUAAGAUAAUAAGGUACAGAUAACUAACUUACAGCGAUACAUAAUGAAACAAUAUAUUUCAGCUUUGAUCGGCUAUUACCGAAGUCGAUUAUCAAGGAAGUUUCUUCUCGAGUCCGAACAAGUUCCAUUCAGCAUCAAGCGUACUAAAGCUGUACGCAACAAUGCCUGUCAAUGCAGUUUUCCAGCCGUGUCCAGCAGACAUAUAGUAAAGUGGGGCAAAAGUUCGAGUGGGGCAAGAGUUUCUUUUGAAGUUUUUGAACUCAAUUCAAAUUAUUUCUUUCGGGUGUCAAGGUUGUUCGAACCCUUUUUGAAUAAGAGUCUUUCACUUCAAAAAUUAUGAAAAUUGAUCAAUAUUUCGAGAAGUUAUGACAAAAUGUUGGUUUUUGAUCAAAAAAUUGUAACAUGCGAUGGCCUUUCCAACGCAUGGAAUGAAAUUUUAAUGAAAUCGAAUUCGAUAUUUUAUUUUGGGGCGUAACUAGGUAUAUUUUAAAGAUGCUCUAGCAUGUAUAACUUUUUGCAAAAAAGAUUUGGAAAUCGUAUUUUACACAUAGUGGGGCAAAAGUUCGAAUUGUGGGGCAAAAGUUCGAGUCAUGUGGCAACUUCAGGUAUAAACCUAAAAUUGUGCAAAAUGUACAUAUUAUCUCUAAGAGUGAUGGAAUUAGUGAGAAAAUUCGAUUAAAGUUGAAAAAAGCAGUUGUUUUAUCUGAAUUUGGCGGAAAACUACUAAUUUUUGGUGUAGUAAGUUUAACCCUGAUUUGGGUAAAAUCCAAAUCGAAUUUUAAAGUGUAUUCCAGUUCUAACAUCAAAUAUUACGUGGUUUCAGGUAUUCCUAUUACCAAAGUGUCAAGAUAGUGUGCUACGGUUAGCGAAAUUCCACAAACACUAGAUUCGAACUUUUGCCCCAGUGGUGGGGCAAGAGUUCGAAUAAAACACACACAUACAAAAAGUGUUGUAACUCAAAAUUGAAAAGACAUUUAGCGUAACUUUGUUCAGCAAAAUUUUAGCUCAUGGAUGGUAGAAUCACCACACGGUAUUUAUUUAUUUAUAUCUGCUUCGAUUUUUUGAAAUAGGUUGAAUUAGCAACUAAGGUCGAACUUUUGCCCCACCUUACUCUACAUGUUAUGUGAACUUGGGUUUUGCGUUCUACCAGCAAUUAAGUGCAUAAUAGGCAGCAAGGAUAAAAUUUCGGUGCGAUGGUGUGCUGCCUUUAGUGAAUCAGAUGAACACUACUUGUGGGGAGACGGAGAGGGUUAAUGUUUAUGGGAUACACGACGCCGCUGCUUGGGCGACGUAUGGCAAUGACGGUCGGGUUUUGCGGGUGGACCUAUCCAAAUGGAAAAGUGGAAUCUCUAGAUUCAGGAAUUUUGAUGCUGCCGAAUCAUCCAAUUCUGAUUAGCGUGGCCCUGCUACAGUGUUGAGGUUUUUGAACCGGGUGGGUUCGGUUUAUCAUUGGAUAAGUCCUUUAAAGGUUUUUUUACGGUCCCGCUGAAUAUCAUUUCGUUUUUUUAAUUUAGGGGCCAUCCAAUAAGUACGUCACGAUUGAUUGGUUUAUUUGCCUUUCUCUGUAUUUAUGAGAGGAGGGUUAUUGGUUUCCUUAAUGCUAAUAUGCAUUUGGUUAUAUUAGUAUUAUAAUCAUGUUUAUGUGUCUUAAUUAUUUACAUGUACUGUUAAAAUCAUUCUGAAUACCUGACCAUUCCUGUACCAAAAUCCUAUUUCCUUUCUAUUUUUUCGAGAGCGUCGGUGAGUCGGUGAAUAGUUAUCCCUUCUCUACUAUCCUUUCCCAUCCACAUAACGUGUUUCUUAUCGUUUCAGAGACCGAUCAAUGGCGGUUAAGCCUAGGCUUGUUAGCCAGGACAUAGUGUAAAUGCCUGUGCCCCAUCCCGGAAUCAUAAAAACCCAUGGAGUGACAACAUUUCUUAGCUAUGUCACUCCCAACGUUGGUGUUUAAAUAUAUUAAAACACUUUCACUCACUCCCAACACAUCUGCAUGAUUUACUCAAAUACAUUUACACAAUCUGAAUCUUGUCGCAUCACUCGCUUAUAGUGAUUCCCAAAUCACCUCAUUCCAAAUAUCCAACUCCUUGACACCUAUGGGAGUGUCGGUGAGUCGCUGACCUCUUGUAAAGUAGGUGUCAUAUCAUCACAGCCUUUCCUAUCCUCGUAACGGAGAAGAUGGGCGUGGCCGGCAAUGGAAGUUCUCAUGUAUUCUUUACUUCAACCUCUAGUUGGAUAGCUGUCCCUUCCCAAAUAGCAUUCCAUAAGCAAUUAGAAUAGGAGUAUUAAAGUUUUAACAUGACAACUUUCAGUAUGCAAUCUACGAAUUACGCCGUUACUACGCAACGCAACGCAACGCAAAAAAUGCUAAUAUGAGUUGAAAAAUAAAAGAAAUAAAAGUCAUCAAUCAAAGCAAAUCAUAGUUCUGGGUCCCGCAAACAAAGUUUGGAGGGAGUUUAGGUCGUCAAAUCUGAUUUUAUAUAUUUGUCAAAGGUUAUAAUAUCAAAAAAUCGAGAUUUUUUCACAAAAUUUUCCAAAAAGGCUCAAUUUAUAAAGAUUUUAAAAUUUUUCCUGCGAUUCACAAUUUUCUUAUUUUAUAGCAAAUUUUGUGUAGAUUAUUUCGGCUGAAGACCGCGGGGUAGCGCAAGGUAGCGCGGACGUCAACCACGAAUAGAUGUGCCGUAGCCCACAUGAAUUUGACAUGCUUGGGAAAUUGACACUUUUGGGCACUCUGACAGAUCUGGGAAGUGCACGACAUCUGCGAAGCAUUACCAUAAGUUAUUACUUAAGUAAAACGUGUAAAACUAGCAAAAGGUUACGAAAAUUUUGGCGUGCAAUCGUUCGAAAUUACACGACAACGCGAAGAUAGCAAAUAAAUCAGUAAGAAAUUGUGUAACGCAUCAGUUUUCAGCAAAAACAAUUUUGAACGUGUUUUUGUUGUGAGCUACGGGGAUUUUGCCUUUUGCUGGCCCCCUCCCCCUGCUGAAGACAGUUUUGAGCUAUUGACCUCGCAGCACCAAAUCGGAGUUCGCCAGUUGCACUAGCGAAGCGAAGUUUUCAGCGAACUUUCUGUCAUUCCUCAUCCGACCCGACAUGCAUCCCUGAUGUUUUCGUUUUCAGUCCGACGCCGUGUCGACAAUCACGACUUUAUCCUACCUGGGCGUCUGUCAGUGCGAGCGCGCCAAAUUUUUCGUGAGUGAGGAGUGAGCAUGUGGUGUUGGUGGUUAAGGUGAAACGGUACGCUAGCCGCUAUUAAUUAGAAAAAUUGUUUCGCAAAUGUCGAUCGCUUGGUCGAUCGGCUUUUUUUUGCGAAAACGCAAACUGAAAAGUAUUAAUUUAUUAAAAAUAGUAAGCGCACGGGUGCAAUAGUUUAGCAAGUUCGGAAUUUUGUGUGAAAUUAGUUUUUGUUUUCACCAUGGAAAAAUGCUUCUGACUACCAUGGUGAGUUCGUCUCAUUUCCCCUUAAGUGC